AACCGAGCCGCCAGCUCACACCUUUGACAGUGGCCUAGGUCCCCGGGAAGCACGUGCACAGCUGUGCAUGGCCCCGAGGUACAGCCCGUAACCUCCUCCUCUCUCCCCUCUGGACCAGAUGCGGAACCCUUACUCCCUGCCCUACCUCCUGUUCCUGCCCCUGGGUGCCUGCUUCCCAGUGCUGGACACAGAGGAGCCCGUGGACGCCGUAGGGGGCACCGGACGUGAAAUGAGCUGGACGCACCCAGCAGGGGGACGUCCCUUCCCGUGGGGCCCCCCUGGGUGGCCAAGAGCCCCACACCCACACGCCCUGCUCAUCACGGCCAAGGAGCUGCGGGCGUUGGGCAGGGCGCGUGCUGGCUUCAAGCUGCGUCUCGGGAGGCAGGACGACAGCAGCGAGGCCACUGGCCUCCUCCUGGAGGAGGCUGAGAAGGUGGGGGGCCCACUGGGGACUCUGGCUGAGGAGCUCAAUGGCUACAGCAGGAAGAAAGGGGGCUUCAGCUUCCGCUUUGGCCGGGGAUGAAGGGGCCAGUGAUCCUGGGAAGGGCCCCUCU